UGCGGUUCCUGUUUGGCGACCCGUCGCCAUAAGUCCGACUUCGUUCUUGUGAGCGGAAUUUGGGGAGAUAAACCCACAUAUUUGCCCGUUUUCCACGCUUGGGAAGCGGCUAUCGCCUUUCAGAGGCUCAGCUUUUCCCACGACAAGGAAAUAGCUGCAAUACCCGGGGUCCGGGCCCCGCUUUUUUGAGCACUCGUUCUCUUAUUGUAUUAGCUUUCUUUACUGAGACGCCUGAACUGUGUCUCUUAUUUUUCUCUGUUGGUUUGCUGUCAAGAUGUCACCGUAAUGGAGUCUCCGUGUCUGACAGAAAUGAUCCAGGGCCUUCGUCGCCUGACCCGCACUUGUAACAACCCGCUCACCUCUCCUUUUGUUCCGUUUAAUGCUAGAGAGCUCGGACGCUCUCUCCCCCGAGCUCGGCCUCAAAUCCUCUCUCAAGAACAACAUGGAGAAAAAUCCAAACUGCAACGGCAACAACAAGGUCCCGCCCCGCUCGAGUUCUACGGGCCCAGCUCCUGGAGAUUCUAAACCUAAAACAGACGGCAAGAAUAAUGGAGGCUCCAAGCGCUACAACCGUAAGCGGGAGCCUGCUUUCCCCAAGGCGGAGAGCUUCCCAGGCCCUCGCCGCACCACUCCACAGAAAAGCAAGAAUUUCGACAAGAGACCCCCCCAGAGGGGUGGGGGUGACCGACAGUAUGGGCUCAUGGGCGGUGGGAGAAGAGAAGAGGUAGCAGAGAGCCGCCGGGCCGAGUUCAGCCCGGCUCAAUUCACUGGACCCAGAAAGAUAAGCCUGAAUCACCUGCUCAACUUCACGUUUGAGCCGCGAGGCGGCCCGAACGGUGGUGGCGGCGAUGGCCACACCUGCUGGGGACGCCGCAACAAGUGGGGCCACAAGCACAAGCCCUUCAACAAGGAGCUCUUCCUGCAGGCCAAUUGCCAGUUUGUGGUGAUGGAUGAUCAGGACUACACAGCCCACUUCACUGACCCAGACACUCUGGUCAACUGGGACUGUGUGCAACAAGUGAGGAUCUACAGCCACGAGGUGCCCUCCUGCCCCAUCUGCCUGUACCCUCCGGUGGCGGCGCAGAUCACUCGCUGCGGCCACAUCUUCUGCUGGCCCUGCAUGCUGCACUACCUCUCCCUCGGCGACAAGAGCUGGUCCAAGUGCCCCAUCUGCUACGAGGCCGUGAACGGGCUCGACCUCAAGAGUGUGGUUGCCAUGGAGACCCGUCAGUAUGUGGCGGGAGACCAGAUCACCAUGCGCCUGAUGAGGAGGGAGAAGGGGUCACUGAUGGCGCUGCCCAGCUCCCAGUGGGUCAAGGUGGAGGAGCCCAUACGCUUUGGAGAUGGGCAUCUGGGCAUGUACUCGAAGCUGCUGCUGGCAUCUGAGAAGCAGGUGUUGGGGCUGCUGCAGGAGGAGAAGGAGGUGCUGAUGAUCCAGUUCAGCCUGGAGGAGCACGACCCACAGUCCUGCUUCAUCCAGAGUGCUCUACACCAGCUACAGGAGCAAGAAGAUUUCCUGCUGAAGCGGACCUCUCAGGAUGGGGGCGGUGUGGAGGCACUGGACCUGCAGAGGCUCUCCCUGUCUGACCCCCCCUCUCCUGUGGUACCCGUGGUCACACACUCCAGCACCAAGCCGGUGCUGCAUUACUCCUCAGCGUUCGACGAUGAGGUGCAGGAGGUGCCUGACGUGGACCCGGUAGAGGUGGCUGAGGAGGUGCCUGAGGAGUUGCCUGAAGGACCCGCUGAGGCCUCCUUUAACCCGAAGGCUGACGCAGAGGCCCCACAGGCAUUAGAGGGGGCACCUGCUGCUCCCCAGAAUGAGGCAGGAAGGCCCCCGACCUCAGAGCCUGGGCCGUACUACUACUUUUACCAGGCGGAUGAUGGGCAGCAGAUGUUCCUGCACCCGGUGAAUGUGCGCUGCCUGGUGAGGGAGUACGGCAGCCUGGAGGCCAGCCCCCCUGCCAUCACCGCCACUGUAGUAGAGGUGGAGGGUCAGGCAGUCACUGAGGAAGUCCGCCGUCGGCAUCGGUACCUGGCCCACCUGCCCCUGACCUGUGAGUUCAGCAUCUGUGAGUUAGCCCUGCAGCCUCCAGUCCUCUCCAAAGAGACCCUGGACAGCUUUGCAGAUGACCUGGAGAAGAGGAAGCGUCUGAGGCAGAAGAAAGUGAGGGAUGAGAAGCGGAGGGAGAGGCGCAUCGAGAUGGAGGAGAACAGGAAGCAGGGCAAAUAUCCAGAGGUGCACAUUGGCCUGGAGAACCUUCAGCAAUUCCCUGCAUUUGGUUCUCCCCCCAACAGCGAUAGCUGCCCUCCUGCCCACCCUGAGUUCCUUUUGGUGCCCUCCUCACCUCUCAGCAGCAGCCCUGCCUCAGAUGGAUUGAUGUUCCCCAGUCUGGGUGGACACAGUCCUGUGUUGAGCGUGGGCAGUAUGGAGGAGGACUCCCACUGCAUGUCCUUCGCCAAGAUGCUCCGAGACGGCAGAGCCAGGGCUGAUGCUGGGCCUAAGAUUACCCCAAUGAAAGCAGACAUGCUGCUGGCUCCCCCAGUGGCAGACAGUGAUGGGGAGAGUGACGGCUCAGACCGGGUUCCUGUGCCCAGCUUCCAGAACUCCUUCAGCCAGGCCUUUGAGAAGGCCCUGAUGCAGCUGGACCACGGGCCCCCAGCCACCCCUCAGCCUGCUCCCAUGCCAGAAGAGAAAGGGGGAAAGAAGAAAAAGAAAAAGCAGAAGCUUCUGUUCAGCACCUCUAUGGUUCACAACAAGUAGAAGACGGCGUACACACACACACACACACACACACACACACACACACACUCCCUUGACUCACGUUUUCCCCACCCAGUUGUGUAUCCUGUGUGCCCUUCAGCAGUAUCUCAUUCUCAGUCUCCACUUUCUCAAUCAGCUUUAUUUCUCAGAGUAAGUUAGUCCCUGUUCUAGCUGCUUAUGUUAAGAGUGGCUUCCGAGUGCAAAGGCCUGUAAAACCCAGCAGUGCCCCUCUGCGCUGGCCACAGUUGGUCUUGCCCCUUAGUCUCCCAAACCAUUGAGAUAUUCAAAGUGGAAUGAUUGAGUAUCAACAUUGACGACAUGAUUGACAUUACACUGCAGACUGACCCACGCCCAGAUGAAUAUGAACUCGCAUCACCCCAUCCCAAAAUCUGACGUCUAUUGUAGUUUUCUUUAGAUAGAUGACCAGCAACAUAGUGGACUUAAAUCAGAUGGGCUUCUCACACAUUCUAUUUUUUUUUUUUAAACAUUAGGCCUUUUUUAUUUUGAGAUGUAGUUUUUAAGAGUUGCUGUAAUGGUGGAUUGUUGGAGUGGGUAGGUGGGUGAAGUGUAGCAGUCAGCCAGCUGUAGAUUUACCUUCCAGGACCCCUCUCCCACUUCAGUCAGUUGCACCUUAACAAACCUGUUGCCCCUGCAAGCCAAGUAAACGGCUGCCAGAUUUCCUAGUGCUCUUUGAGAUCAGUGUUAUGGCAGCCAUCUUAACCUGAUCCACAUUGCUUUUAUGAUGAACUAGAUUGGAACAUGUAUCUCUGAAAUGGUCUGUACCUCAUCACUGUCCUGUACAACAUGAUGGGUAGGCUGUUAAGUGUGUUUCUCAAACGUUAAUGUUUUAAACGAAGUAAAAUCAAGCAAGAUUAAUCUGGUUUUGCAAUGCUUUUCACACCAACUACUUCAAUACAUGUGUUUUCCUUCUCGCCCAGUGUUCCUCUCUGUAAACCAUCCAAACUCCAGGUCAUAAUUAGUUCUGGUCUUGGGGGACCCAUCAGAUGAGCUGGUUUUAGUUGUGCAUCCAUCUUAACAUGUGCAGAUGUAAAAAGGUUUAUGGCCAAUUCAGAUUGAUGUGGAUUUAGAAAAUAACAAAUGAAACAAAGAUGGUCAGUUUAGCAAUGCUGUCAUUCAAACUACCAUCCCAAGUCAAACUAGUUUACCCUGUGGAUCCUCCUAGUGUCCUGGCCUGUUUUCCGGUUCCUGUAAUCCUUGUCCAAACCCCGCAGCACUGUGUGUGUGUGUGUGUGUGUGUGUGUGUGUGUGUGUGUGUGUGACCAUAGAGAAGUGCUGAUCUGCUUUGAUAUGUAUUGAGUGUAAAGACAGACGUAAGAGGAAAUUAUACAGAAUAUUUUUGUUUUGAGGGUUCUUUAAAUAUACUUUCAUUUUUAAGGGUCAACUUCACAGGAAAAAAAGAAGCUUAAACUGACCUAAAGUUGGAAUGAAUAAAGAUGAUUAUACACA